CAGAGUCACGGUCCUCACUCACUCACCGGGUGGAUUAUAUAACGUCCCCGCCGCCUCCUCCGCGCCUCUGUCCGCUGCUCACUGUUCGGCUCACACCGCGGCUCGCUGCUCCGUAACUGUCCGAACUUCCGGGGACCACAGAUGGGUGAACAGGAGGAGACGAGCGUGGACGGAGUUAAGUACUACAGCCUGUCGGAGAUCGAGAAGCAGAAUUUCUACAAGUCAACGUGGAUCAUCAUCCACAACAAAGUCUACGAUGUCACCAAGUUUCUGGAAGAGCACCCUGGAGGAGAGGAGGUGUUACGGGAGCAGGCCGGAGGAAACGCCACAGAGAGUUUUGAGGACGUGGGACAUUCUAGCGACGCCAGAGAGAUGGCGAGCAGCAUGCUGAUCGGAGAAGUGCACCCGGACGACAGAGCAAAAUUAAACAAACCUGAGGAAACACUGCUGACCACUGUGAAGGAGGAGAGCAGCUGGUGGUCUAACCUGUUGAUUCCGUCUCUGGUCGCCGCCAUCGUCACGCUGCUGUACCGCAUCGUCACCAUGGAGACUGAGUGACAUCGUCACACCUGUGAAAUUGAUAGCCGUGGCUCCUCCCACUCUGGACCAACCACUAAACCUCUGUGCUGUGGGUGUUAGCGACCAAUCGUAAAGCGUUCUUAUGUUAAUGAAGUCAUUCUUUGUUCUAUUUCAAUGUAAACAAGCAUGUGAACAUGUGACCAUAGCAUCAUCACAUGACUGUCAUGUGACCUGAGUCUCACUCAGAAGUAAACACUGAACUGUGGAUUGAAAAUAAUUCCACAUAUUCAUCGUCUGAUUGCUUUUUUUAUGUUGUUGUUUUUUUAACUUCCUGUUCUGACCUGUGAGAGUGAGUGCUUUUCCAACAGGAAAAUGAAGUUUGUAAACCACUCACUCUCCCACACCAAAGUCCACAGAGAAAAUCAGUGAUUUUAGCUGCGGGGACACAGGAGCUGCUGGUCCUCUGCUGCCUCGUGUGGUCACUUUGUGUCACUGAGGUAAAUCUGAAUGAAGGAUUUUAAAUGCAGAAGUGACUAAAUCAGACAUUUGAACUUAGUGAUGGAGGCAGCAGUGGAUCAACAAAUCACUGAUGGGCUUUGGUGUGGGAGAGUGAUACUGUAUAUUUGUGAUCAAUAGUCGUCUCUCACAUGGAAACUGUCACUGCUGUCCUGUGUCCACCUGACCUGAGGGGGGCGCUACAGACCAGGACAUGAAGUGAUUAUCACAGUUUCUUCUGUUUGAGUCUGAACUGAUAAAAAGAAAAUGAAAAAUGAAUUAAUCUGAAUAUUAUUAUAAAGAAUUUUUUUAAAUGAGACUGAACAGAACCUGCAGCGCCACCUGGUGGAUGUUUAAUGUCAACCCGUCAGUAACUGUUGACAGAUGUCACCCCUCUCCCUGUUCUAAUCAAUAAAGUUUAUUUAACAAACAAA